AUGGGUAGAAAACAAGACUCCAAAUAUUUCAAGCAGGAAGAGAGUGAAAUAGAUGAAUCAGAUGCUGCAAAUAACUUAUCAGCACCAAGCUUUGGAAGCAAAUUGAACCUCUCUUCAUUCUCAUACUCUCCAGCUUCAACCUCCGAUCCUACCAGACAAAGUUCCCGGAAACCCCUAUCGAACGCAUCGACUCCUCGACCAUCCCUCUCUCCCCUAAAACGCAAACUCGACACCAAUUUCUGUACAUCUGCGAACCCCUCGCCCUCCCUAGCCAAAAAAUCUCGUCCCCGCACUCCUACAGGCUAUGCGCCACCCUCACUCUACGCCCACCUCCCACCUCUCCCCGACGUGCUUGCCCCUGACCUCCUUUGUCUCUUCGUAGGUCUCAACCCUGGUAUACAGACCGCUCGAGAUGGCCACGCUUACGCACAUCCUUCGAAUCUUUUCUGGAAGCUCCUCUAUUCUUCGGGUUGUACUACUCGUCUUCUGAAACCCGAGGAUGAUGUACGGUUGCCAGAGUUGUGUUCUUUAGGGAACACGAAUAUUGUAGAGCGGCCGACGAAAAAUGGGAGUGAGUUAUCGAAGAAGGAGAUGGAUGAUGGGGUGAGCAUAUUGGAGGAGAAGAUUAGAGUGUACAAACCGGAGGCGGUGGCUUUGGUUGGGAAGGGUAUUUGGGAGAGUGUGUGGAGGGUGAAGAAGGGGAAAGGGAUUACGAAGGAUCAAUUUAAAUAUGGGUGGCAGUCAGAAGAGGAAAACUUGGGGGUUCUGGAGGGCCAAGGUUCUUGGAGAGGGGCAAGAGUUUUUGUGGCAUCUAGUACGUCUGGAUUGGCAGCAUCGUUGUUGCCUGCCGAAAAAGAAAAGAUAUGGAGGGAAUUGGGAUCUUGGAUUGAGCAGAAGAGAAAAGAAAGAGAUAACAUAUUUAGAGUGAAAGAAGAACCUCCUGAUAGUGGUUGA